UGAAUACUUAAGGGACUAUUUUGACCUUAUUCUCAAACAUAAGAGACCAUUUUUGCAUUUUCUCUAUUGUUUUUUUUCUUCUUCUUUUUCUGUAUCGCUUAGAUUGUAGAUCUGGGUUCCAAAUUAAAUACUAAUACAAUAACAACAUAAUUCAGGGAAUGGGUUUGUGGACAUUGCUUGAGGGCUGCCUGCUUCUUGCAAAUGCACUUGCAAUAUUGAACGAAGACCGUUUCCUUGCUCCGAGAGGAUGGAGCUUCCAGGAAUAUUCAGGGGUCCGGAGAAAUUCAUUCAAGGGCCAGCUACUUGGUCUUAUUUAUGCAACUCAAUAUCUGAGAGUUCUUCUCAUACUCCUCAACACACUCUGUAUUGUUGUAAAGUUUGUAUCUGGAUGAUGAUUCUUGGGUGAGACACGAAAGUUCAUAGAUGGAGGGUGCAGAAGCCUCCUUGAGGAAAAGCCGCAAAUAGUCACAUUUUGUUAGAAACCUGAUACAAGCUGAUCUUCUUCUGUUAGUUUCAGAUUAAAAAUUAGUUUUCGGUCUUUAUGAACGACUGUUGUGAAAUAGGUUAUCAGCAACAACCUAUAUGCAUAAUGUUAUUCAAAAAUUAUCUUCGUAGAGUCUAAUCUCUCUUUUUAGUUUCUGCAAUUUUUUGAAUACGUGUGAGAUAUUUUCCUGCAUCUCUUCUUAGCAUUUGCUUAACAGGGUGUUGUUUUUAAUGUGAAACCAAUUCUUGUGAUGUAAGGGAGUCUUGUAGUUAGGAUUGUAACGAUGAUGAAUAAAUCCCGAGUCUUUAACUUUAACCA